GACAGGAUCACGGGUGCAGAAGAGUGGAGGAUUAACUCCUUAGACAAGACACUAAAGAACGGCUCAGUGACACCCGGUCUCUUUCACAUUCAUCAUUUGGCCUUCAAUGGCAACUGUAACUCAGGAACAGAUCCAUCAGUUCCACACAGAUGGCUUCCUUGUCCUGGAGAAGUUUUUCAGCCCCGAAGCGUGUGACGCGAUGAGGGCCCAGAUCCAGAAGAUCGUCGCUGAGAUGGAUGUGCCGCCUUACUGCCGAAUACAGUUCUCAACCAAGGAAGAGGAACAGUUACAGGCUCAGGGCAGUGCUGAAUAUUUCCUCACCAGUGGAGAUAAAAUCAGAUUCUUUUUUGAAAAAGGUGUUUUCGAUGGAAAAGGGGAUUUUCUUGUUCCAAAAGAAAGAUCUAUUAACAAAAUUGGCCAUGCCUUACAUGCCUAUGAUCCUGUCUUCAAGGAAGUCACUCAUGCCAAACAAGUGCAGACAUUGGCAAGACAAAUUGGUCUGGAGAACCCAGUGGUGGUACAGAGCAUGUACAUUUUCAAGCAACCUGGCAUUGGUGGUGAAGUGGUUUUCAAAGUGCCAGCCUGCAGGGAAAUCUCAUAUCCACUUUGCUUGGCUGAAAAUCUCUGCAUCAGUAUGAGAGACUGGCAUGGGCAGUCUGAAACCUCACAGAAAUAUUACCAGUGGGUGUUGAUGAACCUCCCCCAAAUUGGUGUCCUUCUGAAUGCAUUGGACUACCACCAAUUCAGCUGUGCACUUAUGCUUUUCUUGCAGUGUUUGGCAAAUGGAGGGUUUCCAAAGAAUUGCAGAAUCAGUAUCUCGGACCAAGAUUUGUCCAUGAUUUGCAAAUCACAGUCUGGGCAACCCAAGAUUUGAUGUGAAAAUUCAAACAGCAAACCAUGGUUUGGAAGAACAGUCCAUGUACUUGACUAACAUUCUUACUGAAGAUGGGGAAUGAAGGAAACAGCCCAGAUCUCUGUCAGAGAGCAAUAGUAUCACAACAAAGUACAAAUCCCAGGAUUCCAUAGGAUGGAGCCAUGACAGUUGAAGUGGUGUGAAACUGCAUUAUUUUUGCAGUGCAGCUGUAGCCUCAGUUUGAUACAGACCUGAUUAAUCUUCUGUCAUCCCAUUUUGUGAGCUGUGUUUGAAAUGUCCCAGUUUCUCUCUCCUCCUUCCACUUUUGCCCUUAGUCUUCAUCUCGCACAAAUUGCUGCACACUGAAUCCAAAGUGCAAAAGUAGUUUACACUCAGCUCAGCUGGGGGAGAGGAGAGGAAUAGAAAUUAAACCUUGCCCUUUCCAGUGGUCUCAAGCAAAAGUAACCUGCUGCAGCCCUCCUAUAUUGGAUGUCCUUCAGUAUGAAUUACUUUUGCCACACACUGAUGUUGCUGGUCUACAUGUGACGCAGUUUUAAUUUCUUGGAAAUGCUAGAAGGAAUGGAAAAGUACCAUCUAGUGUACAACCCUCAGCAUGAUCUGUUCUUAUCUGAUUUUGGAAGCUUAGCAAGGUUGGCCCUAGUUACUAUGUGGAUUGGAAAAGCAGGAAUUUCCAGAUAGAGCUAUCCUGUUUGAAAUCCCAAAAAGCUACUUCUGCCAGUAGAUUAUACUGUUGCAACACUGGGGGAAAUGAUUUUCCAUCUAUUAUACCAUGAACAACAUGUGAGGAAGUAAACCAAGCCUAUGAAAGCUAAUGCUACAACUUUUUUUUACACAUUCUACAAGAUCCCUUUGCAUACUAAUGUUAAUGAUAGCUAACCGAAUUACUAUUAGGCAUUACAUCCAUAUAAACUCUCUCUCUCUCUCUCUCUCUCUCUCUCUAUGUAUGUGUG